AGGGACGGAAGUGCCCUCAUCUGGUAUAUUCUGCUGCCAACCCGUCUGGUCUUGCCGGCAAUUCUUUCUCUCAGGUUGAAUUCACUGUCUGUUUUUAAUCUUUGCCUCUGAACUUGUGUUACACGUUUACUGUGUGUGUCUGUGUUUGUGUCACGUUUGUAUUGUCCCUGUCUUUGUUCAAGUAACUUUCAUUAUGGGACAGAGCCAUACCAAGCCUCUGUCCCUGACCCUUGAUCACUGGACUGAAGUCCGCUUAAGGGCUCAGAAUCUUUCUUUUUCAGUAAAACGCCGGACCUGGCAGACUCUCUGUGCCUCAGAAUGGCCCGCCUUUGGAGUCGGAUGGCCUCCAGAAGGAUCUUUCUACUCCCCACUAAUUCGAAAAGUCAGAGAUAUUGUUUUUCAGCCGGGGCCACAUAGCCAUCCAGAUCAACAGCCGUAUAUCUUAAUUUGGCAGGACCUCUGUGAAUCUCCUCCUCCAUGGGUGAAGCCUUUUCUUGUCCCUGUCCCCGCUCCUACUCCUCCCCCCACGAUUCUAUCUCUCAAACCCUCUGCUCCUCCUCCACCCUCUGUUCUCCCUGAGUCUCAAGAUUUGACUCUACUGGACUCUCCUCCCUUUCCUUAUCUCCUGCCUUCGUUCCCCAACCCCCAACACCCUCUAAGUGAUUCUCCUUACCCUCCAGAUGACUUCCCCAAGGCACACAUAGCCCCUCCUCCCCUGGAGGAAGCUGGCCCAACUAAAGGAACUCCCCAGCAGCCAAUGAUUAAAAACACUGAAGCCCCCGUGAUACUUCCCCUCCGUCCUUAUGGGCCAAUGAUAGAGGAUGGCCAUGAUGGAGAAAUGCAAGCUUACCAGUAUUGGCCUUUCUCCUCUUCAGAUCUAUAUAACUAGAAAAAUAACAAUCCCCCUUUUUCCGAGGACCCCACCUGGCUCACAGGUCUGAUUAAGUCAUUGAUGUUUUCACACCAGCCUACUUGGGAUGACUGCCAACAACUCCUAGGGACUCUCUUCAUGACAGAGGAACAAAAGAGAAUCCUCCUGGAAGCUAGGAAAAAAAUAUCCUUGGACCAGAUGGGUGACCGACACAACUUCCCCUUGAACCAACCCAACUGGGCCCCCAACACCUUUGAAGGUAGGGAGAAUCUGUCCACUUAUCGCCAGGCUCUAAUAGCGGGUCUCCGAGCAGCCGCUAGACGGCCAACUAAUUUGGCCAAGGUAAGAGAGAUUAUUCAAGGGCCUAAUGAGUCUCCCUCUAUGUUUCUGGAGAGAAUUAUGGAGGCAUAUAGGAGAUAUACUCCUUUUGAUCCUCAGGCAGAGGAUCAAAAGGCAUCUGUCAUGAUGGCCUUUAUUGGGCAAGCUGCCCUGGAUAUUAAAAGAAAGUUACAACGCUUAGAUGGAUUACAAGAUAUGACUCUGAGAGAUUUAGUCAGAGAAGCCGAGAAGGUAUACUAUAAGAGAGAAACUGAGGAAGAGAAGGAACAAAGGAGGGAGAAAGAAAGGGAGUAAAGGGAGGAUAAAAGAAGCAAAAAACAGACUGAGGCAUUGACUAAGGUCCUGGUCACAACAACAAAUAGGCCAGAAAUUAAGAGACAGGGAGACAGAAAGGGAUACCUGGGCCCACGCCAGAAGCCACCACCUCUGGCCUCAGAUCAAUGUGCCUACUGUAGAGAAAAAGGAUACUGGGCCAAAGAGUGCCCUAGAAAGAAACAGCCAUGCCAGCCAGCCAUUCUAACUCUGGAGGAUGACUAGGAAAGUCGGGGCUCGGAUCCCCUCCCCGAGCUCAGGGUAACUUUUGAAGUGGAGGGGACCCCAGUAAACUUUGAAGUGGAUACAGGGGCAAUAUACUCAGCCCUUAAGGACCCAUUGGGCCCUCUAUCAACUAAAAGGUCUCUAGUUCAAGGGGCUAAAGGCAGUAAAUAUCGGGCUUGGACAACUAAGAGGACCAUGGACCUGGGAAAAAAAAAAGUCCAUCAGUCCUUCCUAGUGAUCCCAGAAUGCCCAGACCCAUUGAUGGGCAGAGAUCUGCUCACCAAACUCCAGGCCAGAAUAACUUUUAACCCUGAAGGCCCCCAAAUGGAAUUUCUAAAUCCUUCAGUAAAAACUCCUAUAGUCAUGGCUUUAACUAUGUCAGUAGAAGAUGAACAUCAACUCUUCACACCCCCCAAGACUGAUCAAACAGGCAAGCUAUCUCAGAAAUGGAUAACAGAUUACCCAGAUGCCUGGGCAGAAACUGCUCGGUUAGGCCUACCCGUAAAACAACCUCCAAUAAUGGUGGAGUUAAAAACCUCAGCCUCCCCAAUUAAUAUUAAACAAUAUCCUCUGAGCAAAGAAGCUAAAAAUGGGAUAAGGCCCCAUAUUCAGAAAUAUCUGGCCUUAGGGGUCCUAAGGCCCUGUCAAUCGGCCUGGAACACUCCCCUGCUACCAGUAAAAAAGCCAGGAACCAGGGACUAUCGCCCCGUUCAAGACCUAAGAGAGAUCAACAACAGAGUGCAGGACAUUCACCCCACAGUACCUAAUCCGUACAAUCACAGUUUUCCUUGGUAUCGGCUGCCAGUAGCAGGUCAUCCACAUAUUGAAGCAGGGUGA